AUGUCGAUCAAGAAGAAAAAAAUAUGCGUGGCUUUCGACCGCUCUCUGACCAUGAAUGCCAGCACUUCCACUUUAGAAACACCUCCGUCAACGAUACAAUCCGGAGACUACGUUCUAGUCAGACAACCCAAUGGAGAUGUUAGAGGUAUCAAAGUUGAAAGGGACUCGACCGUUCAAGUGGGCAGAAUAGGAUCGUUCUACGCGAACGAGCUCAUAAAUCAGACAUAUGGACUCACACAUGAGAUAGCGGAGAAGAAGUUGAAAGUCAUUCCUCCACGUACCUUAGAGGAAGUUGAGGAUACAGACGCCACGAAUGAACUCAUCAAUGACGGAGAAUUGGUACAACCUCUAACAAUCACAGAAAUAACAACACUAAAACAGGCUGGAGUACAUGCUUCGGAUAUCAUCAAGAAGCAAAUAGAACAGCAUGCCAAUUACUCCCUCAAGACUGAAUAUAGUAAAGAAAAAUACAAGAAACGAAAGGAAGCCAAAUAUUCCAAAUCAUUCACCACAAUUGAGCCAACAUUAUUCAAUGUCUGUGACUAUUGGUUCAAUAAAGACCAAAAUCGUAUUCGAGAUAUACGACCAGAUACACUAUCGCACCUGUUACUCCUAGCCAACAUCCAACCCGGCCGAAGAUAUCUUGCAGUCGAUGAUGCAUCUGGAUUAGUUGUUUCUGGUAUCUUGGACAGGUUAAGAGGCGAAGGAUGUCUCCUCACUAUCUGUGAUACAGACUCACCUCCCGCGUAUCCUGUCUUAGCGAAUAUGAACUUUAAGCCGAAUGAGGUGUCUUCGGUUUUGGUGUCAUUAAAUUGGGCAACAGCACAGGAGGAAUAUACCCCAAUUAUGGCCCCGUCCGACCUCACUCCUGAAGAAAUUCGAUCAGACCGGCAGAAAUCACGAUUAAAAAAGCGUAAACUUAUAUCCGACGCGUUGGCUAAAACCAGGGAGGAGCUCUUCGCUGGUGAAUUCGAUGGUCUUAUCAUAGCAAGUCAAUACGACCCGUCGUCUAUACUAGAACGAUUAGCCCCGUAUGUAGCCGGUUCAGCCUCAAUAGUCGUACACAGCCCUCAUCUACAGGUAGUUGCUGAUUUGCAAACAGAGCUGAGAUCUGCUCCCGGAUUUCUUGCUCCUACCGUCACCGAAGUUUGGACGCGGCAAUAUCAAAUCUUACCAGGUCGGACUCAUCCGACAAUGAAUACUUCUGGAUCUGGUGGAUACUUAUUACACGUUAUCAAAGUGCAUGAUGACCAGACUGCAACCUCCGUUGCCUCUCAUCGACAACGGAGCAAAAAGCCAAAGACUCAGGAAAGGGCUUCAGAAGGCCCUUCAGCAUCGACGACACCUAACCCCGUCGGUUCUGGCUCUAAAAAUACUGCUGGGACCCCGAUUCCAACACUGGAUUAG